UACCAUCAUCAAUGAUGAAAUCAUUGUCCAUCUAUCAUGCCUGACCAUAAAAUGAUAAGAUGUAGACUUCCAAAUUUAUUUGACCAAUAGGGUAAUAUAUCACGUGGCCACCUAUGUGCCAUUGCUUUAUCUUUCAGUGGGCGUGGUCGGUUCCAUUCCGGCAUCUUCCUUUUCUCCAAGCUGCGGACUCCACUUAUUCACCAAUUUAUUCUAUAUGCAAUCAAAUUUCCAAAACCCAAGUUUGAAACCUUGAUAAAUAGUUGUUCCAGAUUGGCAUCAAAAGUAAGAAGGUGCACAAUUCGACCUUCUCCACUAUAAUUUGCAAUGACAUAUAUCAAACAGUGUUUUCUGAAGCAGAUACCAACUAGGAGUGACAUGCAGCAAAUUCACACUGCAAAAUUCACAAUUAAGAGUUUCAUUGUUGAAGGUGGAAGAGAAUUUCCAUGAAGAAAAACCAACAACAACAAUGAAAGAAAUACUACAAUGAUCAACAGCACGAAAGAAACUGAUUUUCCACUAAAACAAGAAGGUCUUUCUUCAAGUGAUCAUGAGAAGGCAAAGGCUCCAUCGAGCUCAUCAUCAUCACAAUGGCUAAAACUGAAGGAUCCAAGGAUUGUUCGAGUAUCAAGAGCCUUUGGAGGAAAAGACAGGCAUAGCAAGGUAUGCACAAUAAGAGGACUAAGAGAUAGAAGAGUGAGGCUUUCAGUCCCUACAGCAAUUCACCUCUAUGAUCUCCAAGAUAGGCUUGGACUCAACCAACCAAGCAAGGUUGUUGAUUGGUUGCUCAAUGCAGCAAAACAUGAAAUUGAUGAAUUGCCACCACUUCCAAUUCCUCCAGGUAACUUCACCCUUGGUUAUCCCUCUCUUGUUUCUUGUAAUGAAGUUAGCACCUCUCGUGAAGGUUCAGGCCAAAACACUUUAUUAUGGAAACCAAAGCCAGGAGAAAUAAUGGUUAGUGAUCAUGAUAAGGCAAAUUGGAUGAAUAGAAGAGAAGGAGAUGAUGAUGAUGAUAAUAAUCAUAAUAAUAGUAAUGGUGAUAAACAAGGAAGCAAUAAUAAUUGUCAUGGUGGUGCACUUGUUUUGCCAAAUAAUCUCUUGCCAACAAGACCAAACCAUCCUUCUUUUUUGGGUUUGAUGAACACUAUGCCAUCACUUGGUUACCAAUGGGAACCUAAUUCUUCAGCUGCUGAUGUUAAUGUUCAAUGGCAAAACCAUGGAUUUUUUAACCAAACAGAUGUACACAGCAUCGAUGUGGUUCCAUUUCCGUCAACACUGGCUCUAUCAACUGGGAAUAGUACUAGUACUACUACUACUUCUCAGAUUUUGGUGUGUCCUCCUCCUCCGGGAGCAACAACACAGCCAUAUUUUCCUUCUUCACAUUUUGCAACAAUGGAGAUGAAUGCAAGGCAAAUCAACCACUAUCAGAUGCUGAGUUCAAGUUCUCAUCAAAAUCUCUUGGCAAAUUCUCUCAAUCAUCCAUCAUCACAGCAACUCAUGAGCCAAUCCGGGAAAGCACCAUUCAGCUUGCGAAUUAGGCCUAAACUUUUCCAUUCUCCUAAUAGCAGUGAAAGCCAUUCCCAAAAAGAUCAGGAUUUCCCUUCCAAGUGAUGCACAAAUAGAGCAAAAUAAAGUUGUCAAAAUUCUUCUUCUCCUCACAAAUUAUGCAUGGAUUGAUAUCUUGAGGGCUGUGUGGGAAUUAGUUGCAAGACAUAUUAUUCAACGUUUUGGGGUUUGAAUAAACAUUCCGUUUUUGUCAAAGUUAUGUUUGGUUUUAUGAUUUUCCAUUCAGUUUGAUCUAUAUGGAUAUGCCAUGCAAAGGUCUACAAAAGAAUGGUUUUCUUUUCAAGGGUAAGAGCUUUUUCCUGAAGUGAUGAUGUGAUUGCUACACUAAAGAGAACGCAUGCUCAGAUAAGUUCACACUCUCUUCUAUGCAUUGAGAAAGGUUGGAAGGUGGAAUAAUAAUAUUAUCAUUUUGAUAGUGCGUUUUGGAUUUGUUUUUGUUUUGGUUAAGUAAACAUCUUAUGUGUUUGAAUGAGACAGAAUUUCUCAGAGUCCUAUGUUAUAUACUAUUUGUUAGUUAUUAAUUACUUUUUUUUAUUAAA